AGCAAGUCCUUGUCUCGAAACCUGCUACAGAUGGAUCAUACUGGAUCACACAGUAUCCGACUCUAUCAACGAAGUAAGAAUACAAAAUCUUCGCAUUUACCAUCUUCAGUCUCAUGCAUUUGAUAGCUGUUCUUGCGACUGUGAACCCGCUCUUUCCUUUUCUGCUAUCGGAUAGGCUACUCUGCUCGUUCUCUCCCCAGAGAGAGAGAGAGAGAGAGAAAGGAGGGGGGAUGGGGGGUAGUAGGAGCCUCUGAAAAAGCGAGUCUUCUCUUCUACAUCUUUCAGGUCAGUGGAUGAGUGGGCACCCUCCUUUCUGAAAAGGGGGAUGGAGGGAAAAAGGUGCGGGGUUGCUUCUUGCUUCCUUUUUCAUUUCUGAUAAUAAUAGGACACUUUCGCAGAGGAUAAGUGCUUUUAGAGAAGAGAGAGAGAGAGAGAGAGCACGGUGGGCGUUCUUCGUCUUCCUCUGUCCAUAAAGAGAGAGUAGGCACGCUUUGGUGAAGGUGAUCCACUUCUUCGACUGGAGAGAGAGAGAGAGAGAGAUGGGCAUACAAGCAGGAGCAGCAGCAGAUUCGGCGGCACCACCUGAGCCCCCGCCACCACCACCAGCACCGUUAUACUUUCCCCUCCGGUGGGAGAGCACCGGCGACCAAUGGUGGUACGCCACGCCGGUGGACCUCGCAGCGGCCAAUGGCCACUACGAGCUUGUCCGAGCACUCCUGGUGGCAGACAGCAACCUCCUCAUCAAGCUCACCUCCCUUCGCCGGAUCCGUCGCCUGGAGACCGUCUGGGACGACCACCCGGACUUCCUCCACGCACCUCGUGGCCGCGCCGCCGUCGCCCGCGGCCUCCUUCAUGACUGCGAGACACGCAACGGAAACUCCCUCAUCCGCGCCGGCUAUGGCGGGUGGCUUCUGUACACUGCUGCGGCCGCUGGUGACGGCGAGUUCAUCCAGGAUCUCCUCAGGAGGGAGCCGUUCCUGGUGUUCGGAGAGGGGGAGUAUGGCGUGACCGACAUGCUCUAUGCAGCGGCGAGGAGCAAGAACUCGGAGGUGUUCAGGUUGCUGCUUGAUGCAGCGUUAACGGUGGUGCCAAUGAGGAGUCACGGCCGUGGCGCGGAGGUCGAGGAAGUGUUCAGGAUGGAGGUCAUGAGCAGGGCCGUCCACGCAGCAGCUAGGGGAGGCAACUGGGAGGUGCUCAGAGAACUGCUGCUUCACUGUGGAGACGUGUUGGCGUGGAGGGACAUACAGGGCAGCACUGUUCUUCAUGCAGCAGCUGGGAGGGGCCGGGUUGAGGUGGUGAAGAAUAUGAUUGAAUCAUUCGACGUUAUUGGUUCCAAAGACAACCAUGGCAACACACCAUUGCAUUUAUCAGCUUAUCGUGGUCAUCUGGAAGUAGUCAAGGUGUUAGUCCUAGCAUCUCCCUCCUUAGCGUCUGUAACAAACGAUGCAGGUGAUACUUUUCUCCACAUGACUAUUGCUGGCUUCCAAACCCCUGGCUUCCAUAGAUUGGACCGACAAAUCGAGCUGAUGAAGGAGUUGGUCAGUGGAAAAAUUGUCUGCUUACCAGAUAUCAUCAAUUUCAAAAAUAAUGAGGGUAGAACUGCUCUGCAUCUAGCUGUGAUUGGGAACAUCCACUGUGAUCUGGUCGAACUGCUGAUGGAAGUUUCUUCAAUUGAUCUGAAUGUUCGUGAUUUUGAUGGUUUGACUCCAUUGGACCUACUUAACCUACGCCCCCGUUCUGCGUGCUCAGAAAUUCUGAAGAAGCAACUAACUUCUGCCGGUGGUACUUCAAAUUCCCGGAACUUCUCAACCAGAGGAACUUUUGUUUCACAGCUAAAGAUGCAAGGCAUUGCCUGCAGUAGCCCGGGAACCUGCUUUAGGAUAACAGACUCCGAGAUAUUUCUGUGCGCUGGAUCUGAGAACAUGCAUGAGUUGGUAGACAAGGGUUGCAGUGUCAGGUCAAGCUCAUGCUCAAAUAGCAGCAAGAGUGAGCUCAGUCAUCUGGACAUGAUGGACAUGAAUUUCGACGUUCCUGUGCUUCCCAAAUCCGGCAAAUCAAUCAGUUCUGCUGCAAAGAGAUUGAGGAGUCUGCUUGGAUGGUCCCACAAGAAAGAAAAGGCUAGUAAGCCAGGAAGAGAAAGGCAAUUAAUUGAUGAUGGCAUAAGAACUGAGUUGAAACAUAGUGAAGAAGAAUCUGUGGAUGAGAAACGCAACAAUUGGUACGACAGAGAGGACACACCAACUCCACUAAGACAACGAUUCUCCAAUGCAUCACUUCCGAAUAACAAACGCACACUUGCAGUUAGGACCACCGCCCCUAGCCCUUCAGCAAAGAAAAAGUUCGCUACAGGGCUUAGGCGCGGGGUUAUUCAAGGAAUGCCGCACUUGGUCUUGCCAUUUCAUUCACCUUCCAAAUGCAGCUCAAAGCCAUCAACGUCCUCUCCACCAUCGUCAGAGAGAAUGAAAGGGGUUUUAUUUGAUCAUGAAAUUAGGCCCUCUUUUGCCAAAAGAUCUGUUAAUGCUGAAUCGCGUGACAAAUUGAGCUCAAGCAACAAGCGAGUGAAUCAGUACCUCUGCUUUGGUGCCCAUGCCCCAUUUGCAGAGAACCAAAUGACUAAUCAACAAGGGAAUUGCUUCUACAGGCGUUCGAUUAUUUCAGAAGCAUGAAUCAGCCAUGAAGGAAAAAAUGGAGUGUAUAUGAUAAGACUCAUAUGUGCUGCUUGAUAGUUUCUUUCGUCAACUCCCCCGUGAAGUGUUAGUGUGCGAGAUGUCCUGUACAGUGUUUGUUAGCGCUUCAAGAAUGGCGACCAUUUGUAACUGAUCUCUAAACUGUUUAUCAUUGCUGUUUGCUGUAAACUAGAGACUGUAUGUUGUUUUCCUGUUAUUAAAAAGUCUUUUCUCACGGUGUCCUAA